GUAGGACGCUUUGCUGCCAGACGCAUGGUGCUUCACUCUGGUCCUAUUUAGUGAGGAUUCAAGCCCCGAGAAGCCAGUGUCCGUAGCCCAUGCAAGAGGGGAAGACGUUCAUGUGAAUCCGUAAGGACGCUCAGUUAAAGGCGACAUCUUUAAAAAUGUCGACGACUGUGGACAGUAAUUGUGGCAAGUAUGACUUCUCUGUACUGUGCCGGCACUGUGAUGAAGAGUGUUCCGAUGGCAUUCCCUGCCAACUUACAGGAACACUGCCAGAAUGGCUGAAGGGUCAGUUAAUUUAUAAUGGACCAGGCCAAACCAAAGUUGGGUCAAUUGAAUAUUGUCAUGCUUUUGAUGCCUCAGCAUUACUGCAAAAGUUUGAGAUUUCUGACGGAAAGGUAAUGUACAGCAGUCGUUUUGUGCGCUCAAAGACCUACGAACAGAACAAAGCCGCUGGCACAAUCACACGGGCAGAGUUUGGCACCCCUGCUCCAGCCACAAAGGGAAUGUUUUCAAGAUUUUUGGAUGCCAUGGAUCCUGAAAAGUUGUUUUCUGACAAUGCAUUAGUUUCAGUCAUAGGUAUUGGUGAGCACCACUUUGCAAUGUGUGAAACACCAUUUAUGCUGGAAAUCAACCCAGACAAUCUUGACACAAAAGAAAGAAUCAAUGUCAACAAGAGGUAUGGGUUAAUGACUCAGAGCCCACAUCCCAUAGUAGCCAGUGAUGGAGUGUAUACUGUUGGUCAGGGCGUGGGCGUGACAGGACCAAAGUAUAACAUUCUUAAAUUUCCCCUUGAUGGUAAUUUGAAGCAAGGAAAGAUUAUGGCAUCUGUACCAUCACGCUGGCGACUGUCUCCAGCAUACAUGCACUCGAUGGCCAUGACUGAAAAUUAUGCUGUGCUGAUUGAACAGCCAUUAGCAGUGUCCCUCUCAGAGCUGUUGAGUGAUAUUGUCAGCAAUGCACCAUUCAUUGCUGGUCUAAAGUGGCACAAUGAGCCAGUUCUCAUUCAUAUUAUUGAUAGAAGAACGUGGAAACAGGUGAAAACAAGAUAUGUUGCAGACCCUUUCUUCUUUAUGCACAUAGCUAAUGCUUAUGAAGACGGUGAACACAUUGUGCUUGAUGUACCAACUUACAAGGAUUCUUCACUUCUACAUAAUAUGUUCAUUAGUACCCUUAGAGAGCAACGAGGGAAGAAUGCACAAGAUUACGUGGAUUCGUUUAAGUCAACACUACACAGAUUUGUUAUCCCUCUGAACACCAAAGGAAAGGAGAAGUUAGUGACACUGCCAGGAACAUCUUGCACUGCAUCAUGGUCUGCUCAAGAGAUUGUACUGCAAUGUGAGAAACUGACACGGAUUCCUAUUGAGAACCCGUGCAUUAACCCAAAAAUAAGGUCCUCAAAGCAUCAAUAUAUCUGGGCUAUGGGCCCAGAUCCUAAUGGUGGAGAUUCAGGUUUUGUGAUAAAGCUGGAUGUUACCUCUGGAGAAACUUUCAUGUUCACGGAAGACAAGAUUUAUUGUGCUGCGCCAGAAUUUGUAGCAAAGCCAAAUGCUGUUAGUGAAGAUGAUGGAGUUAUCCUGCUGCAGUGUGUUAAUUCACAGGAUGAAAAAAAGACAUAUCUUCUGGUGCUUGAUGCGAAAAAUAUGACUGAAAUAUGUCGAGCAUCAGUAACUACUACAUCUUCUGUUCCAAUGCCCCUUCAUGGUCACUACAUCCCAGUCAUUGGACAGUAGGCGAUCUGUGUUUCUUAGUUUGUAUAAUCAAUGGUACUAUAUAUGCAAUUUUAAAAUCAGUCGUAUCAUGUACAACAUAUACUUUUGGCCAAGUUAGAUUGCUUUUAUAUAUUGGUGUUACUUGGAUGAUAACAAUACAUGCCAUAAUUGCAAUUUUAUAUUUAUUAUACUAAUGAAAUGUGUAUAAGGUUCAUAGCAUUCCUGUGAAGUAAGGCACAUGUUGAUGAAUGUCUUGAGAAAUAGUGUUAUCAUUGUGGCUUAAAGAUAACUUUAUUGAAAAUUUUAACAAAUAUCUGAAGACCUCAUUUUGUGAAAGGUUUUGUAUAUAAUUUCCAUUGUGUAGAGGUUAUUUCUGUAAAGCUUUAAUAUUAAAAUACACCAAAAAAAUA